AUGUCUUCAUUACAUAUCUCAAUACUUUUUACUUUAUUGACAAUUAUAAUUGCCGAUAAUAAAACGUUUUAUUUCACAAAAUCGAAUUAUGAAUUAUGGUGUCAAGAAAAUAUUCUAUCAAAUUCAUUAUUUCUCUAUCCAAAUCGAAUACCCAUAGGUAUUUAUCGUACAUUAAAUAUUAAAUCUGUUACCUAUUAUCUUAUUGAUGAUAAUAAUAAUGGUUUAUUUCAAAUAAAAACUAAACGUCUAGCUGACUUCUAUUUUCUUCUUAUUAAUAUAACACGUCCAUUUGAUAUUAAUCGAGAAUAUCAAGAUGUUUAUACACUUCGUAUUGAAGCAAAUAUUAUUACGACACAAGAAAAUCUAACUGAGCAAACAGAAAUUCGUCUCUAUGUUGCUGAUUCGAAUGAUAAUGAUGGAGUAUUUGAUAUGGAUAUCUACGAACAAAACUAUACUCAAACAAUCGAUAUUGAUCAAUCACUAAUACAAUUUCAUGCAAGUGAUGCUGAUGAAAUUCAACAUGCACAAAUAUUUUAUGAAUUAGCAUCAUCAUUAAAUGAAACAUUUUCCUUACAUCCAUAUACAGGUGAAUUAUAUUUAAUAACGAAAGAAAAUUUAAAAUCUACGUAUGAAUUUGAUAUCUAUGCAUAUGAUCGUUAUCGUAAACGUACUGUUGAUAAUAAUAUGAAAACUAAAACACAUGUUAAAUUAAAUUUUAAUCAAUUAAAUUUUUUACAUAAUAAUAAUAAUAAUAAUUUAAAUGAAAAUUUUCAAACAAUAUUUAAUCAAACAAUUCAAUAUGAAAAAAUAAUAUCAAUAUAUGAUAUUGAAAUAUUAGAAAGAAAAUCAUUUCAUUUAUUAAAUAUACAUCAACCAAUAUUAACAAUAAAUAUAAAAAAUUUUAAUGAAAAAUUUUUUAAAAUAUUUUUAUUAAAUAAUUCAUCAUUAAAUACAAAAAAUUUAUUUAUUUAUAAUAAUAAUAUUUAUUUAAAUAAAUAUUUAAUUGAAGAAUAUAAUUUACAAUUAUUUAUUUGUUUUUAUCAACAUUAUCAAUGUCAAUAUAUUAAAUAUCGUUAUAUACCAUUUAUUGAUUUUAAUUUUUAUCAAUUUCAUUUUAAAUCAAUUGAAAAAAUUUAUCUCGAUGAAAAUUUACCUGUUGAUUCAUUUAUAACACAUAUACAAAUUGAUUAUAAUCAAUUUUCUUAUGAACAAUCAUUAAUAAUUAAUUAUAAAUUAUUAAAUGAUGAUGUUUAUUAUCAAUUUUAUAUUAAUUCAAAAACAGGUAUUUUACGUCUUGCUGAACGUUUAGAAUAUCGAAUAUAUACACUUGAUAUACAAGCUAAUAUACAUUUAUUUAAUCGUCGUUAUUCAAUUGAAACAACAAUUGAAAUUCAUGUACGAGAAAUAAAUAAAUAUCGUCCUAUGUUUCGUAAUAAUACACCAACAGAUUUAUUUCAAUUACCAUAUCAAUUUGAUGCAUAUGAUUAUGAUCAAAAUAAACAAACAAAUGGACGUGUUACAUAUCGUCUAUGGAAUUGUUUUAAUAAUUGUCCAUUUUAUAUUGAUCCAAAUAAUGGAAUAUUAACUUUAAAAAAUAAAGAAAAUAUUAAUGAAAAUAUUAUUUAUAAUUUACAAAUUAUUGCAUUUGAUUGGGGACAACCAAUUAGUUUUCAAACAAGUCUUGAUAUUCAUGUUGAUUUAUCACCAAGAUUAAAUAAACGAUCUUUACUAAGAACACGAGCAUAUUCAAGACGAUGGAGAAAAAAACUAGCAUCAAUCAUAUUAACAACAACAUCAACAGCAUCAAUGAUUACAGAAAUAAGAUAUAAUACAACAUUACCUUCAAAUAUCGAUACUGUUUAUUUAAAUAUUGGUUUUCGACAAAAUUUUACAACAUAUUAUAUAUCAGAAGAUAUUGAAAUAAAUACAAUAAUUGAUCGUUUAAAAAUCGAAUCAGAUUUAUUUCCAUUAAAUAUAAAUAAUGAAUAUGAUAAUAUAUUUUUCUAUAAUAUAAAUGAUACAAAUGUACCAUUUAUAAUAGAUCAAAAUGAAAAAUAUAUAAAAUUAAUUGAUAAAAUUGAUCGUGAAAAACAAAAUAAAUAUAUAUUUGAAAUUGAACUUAAAUUAAAAUCAAUUUAUUCAAUUAAAUUACAAGAACAAUAUUAUUGUCAAACGAAAAAUUUAUUUAUUAAUUUUCAAUAUACAAAUAAAUAUUAUCAAAAAAUGUUAAUUAUUAUUUAUAUUAAUGAUGUUAAUGAUAAUAUUCCAAUAUGUAAAAAUUUUCAUACAAAUAUUCAAUUAAAUGAAAAUGAAAUACAAACAAAUAUUUAUCAAAUCGAAGCAUUUGAUCCAGAUUUAGGUGAAAAUGGUACAAUAACUUAUUCAUUACUUGAUUAUAAUCAAUAUUUUUCUAUAAAUUCUUCAACAGGUCAAAUUGAUUGUAUAAAAUCUAUUGAUUAUGAAGAAUAUUCAUCUAUUGAUUUACAUAUAAUCGUAUCUGAUCAAGGUUCACAAAUACAACUUCAAACAAUAUGUACAACAGUUCAUAUUACAAUAAAUGAUAUUAAUGAUAAUACACCACAAUUUUUAUUAGAUAAUUAUAGUUUUACUUUAUUUUCUGAUAUGCCACGUUAUUCAAUAUUUGGUCAAAUUCUUGCUAUAGAUUUCGAUAAAAAUGAUCAUUUAAUUUAUUCAAUUAAUCCAAAUCCAUAUAUAACAAUAAAUAUACAUACAGGUCAUUUACGUUUAAAAUAUAAUUUACAUCGUUUAAUUGAUCAAAUAUUAAAUGUAACAGUACAAGUUUCAGAUGGUUUACAUAAAAAUGAAAGUUUAGUAUCGAUUUAUAUUAAAUCAUUUUCUGAUGCUCAACAACCAAUACUUUUAUCUGAACAAGCAUAUGGUUUAACAAUAAAUGAAUCAUUAUCUAUUGAUUCAAUAAUAAUAAAUAUUUAUCGUCGAUUUCAAAUUCUUUCAACAACUAUUGAUUUUAUUGAAAUAAUUCAUGAUGAAAUCAAAUUACCAUUUUCAAUUGAUCAACAAGAUUCAUCAAAUACUUUAACAUUCGAUGGUUAUAGUUUUGUUCGUAUGAAUAUAACAAUGAAUUUAACUCAACAUAUAAAUAUAACAUUUACAUUUCGUACACAAGUAUCACAAGGAAAAUUAUUAAAAUUAUUAGCAUAUGAUGAAAAUAAUCAACAACAACAUAUAUUUAUAAUUGAAAUAAAAGAUGGUUAUAUUAAUUUUCAAUUAAAUAAAAAAAUUCUUUUUCAAUUAAAUGAAAUAUUAAUAAAUGAUAGUUUAUGGCAUCAUAUUUAUUUUUCAAUUGAUUAUUCAUUAAAUAAUAAUAAUAAUUAUUAUUAUUAUUAUCAUAUACGUCUUGAUCAUGUAUUUAGUAAUAAAAUUCAUAGAUCACAAAAAAUUUUAUUAAAUCAAAUCAAUGAAUUAUUUAUUGGAAAUGAUUUUCAUGGUUGUUUAGGAAAUUUAACAAUAAAUAAUCAAAUAAUUUAUUUACAAAAACAAAAUAAUAAUAAUAAUUCAAUUGAACAUAUUGGAACAAAUAAUGGUUGUCAAUUAGCUGAAAUUGAAACACGUACAUUAAGACAUUAUACAAUUAAAGAUGAUCUUUGUUCAUUAUAUCAUCCAUGUUAUCAUGGUGGUUUAUGUACAAGUCUUAAUUCUAAACAUGGUUUAAGUUUUACAUGUAAUUGUUUAAAAUCUCGAUUUUCCGGUCGACAAUGUCAAUAUGAUUUACAACCAUGUUUAAGUCAUCCUUGUUUAUUUAAUGAACAAUGUAUUUCAUCAUCAACAACAACAAAUCAUUUAAAUCAAUCAUAUACAUGUAUAUCAUCAUUUUUUAAUUUACCAAUAUCAACAAAAAAUUCUUUAUAUAUUGGAUUAGCUUUAAUUUGUUGUACAUUUAUAUUAUUUUUUUUACUUUGUCUUUCGUUAAUUAUUUAUUGUCAACAACAACGAAAAGAUAAAAAACGAAAUGAUAAUUUAAAUAAUGAUAAACCAUUAGUAUCAGCACCAUUACUUAUACAAAAAUCAUCACCAAAAACAACAAAAAAAAUUGAAAGUCCUAUGCAAACAUUAUUAAAAUUAAAUCAUAAUGGAAAACAAACUAUUGAAACUAUGGCACUUGUUGAUCAGACUAAUCAUCAACAAACAACAAUGAAUAAUUUUAAUGAUAAGACAACUAAGAAUCAGUUAAAUAAAUCAUCACAAUCAAUUGAUAAACCUCCAUAUCAAUCUCAUGAAUCAUUAAAUCGUCAUCAAAAUGAUCCGAAAUAUUAUUCACCUAUUGGAAAAAUGAAUAUUCCACCAGAUAAUUUUCUUGUUCAUUAUAACAGUAUUGAUUAUGACACUACACGUAUUCCACUUGUUGAUCCACAAUCUACAGAUUUAUUUGAUUUUCCAUCAUCACCAACAAAAUAUUUCAAUGGUCAUAAAGAUGAAAAUCCAAAUACUUAUCAAACUGGUUUAAAUUCAUUGUCUAAUUUAACUGAAAAAUUAGCUGAACAAAAUGAUAUUGAUUUAACACAAUCAUCAAAUGAUUCAUCAAAUAAUGAACAAACAUUAUUAACAUCACCAAUAUCAAAUAGUGAACGUAAACGAUCAUUAUUCAAUGGUGGUAGUACACAUAGUAUACGUGCAUCAACAUCAUCAUUACAAAAAGCACCUGUCUACGCUAAAAUUAUAAAAACAUCAUCAAAACCAACAAAUGGUAGUGGUAUGAGUACAAUUGAACGUCUUCGUUUAAGUGGUUCACCGCUUCGUCUUCUUUCAUCAUCACCAACAUAUGCACGUACAACAUCAUUUUUAAAAUCAAAUAUUAAUCAUGAAAAUAAUAGUUUUCAAACAUCAUCAUCAUUAUCAAUAAAACAUAAUAAAAUCAAUGCAACAUCAUGGAAAUUAAAUCCAAGAAAAUUAGAUAGUUUAAAGGCAAGACGUAAUAGUCGACAUACAGAUGAUGAUGAUGAUGAUAAUAAUAAUAAUAAUAAUACAAAUAAUAAUGAAACAAGUCAAUUAACAAUGACAACAACAAUAAAUCGUUUUAGACAUGCAAGUGAUUCUGAUUUAACUAAAGAACAUAAAAAUGGAAAAAAAUCAACUAAAUUAUCAUCAUUUUUUCAAACCGAAGUAUAG